AUGUUGUCCGCAGACAACGCAGGAACCGGUCACGUUCACAAGGACUUGUUACCUAUCCUCGAUCUCCUUCUCCCAACCCACAUAUCGGUCGUAGCCUUACCAGAACGCCCCAUGCCACAUCCUAAAGCGAGUUUCGACACUAUGGACAACGAUUGGGGCGUCCCCCACAAAUACGCGAUGCGCCUUGCGACAUUCACCGAUCAGUUGGAGCACGACCCUUCUCUGGCCACAGUGGUCGAUAGCAUCAAUGUAGAUACGCUUCGGCGAAACGUCCGGUGGUUGACUGGCGAGGCGCCGAGCGGAAUUGAAUCGAGGCAUUCCUUCACCAAGGGAGCUCUCCAAGCCGCGCAUUGGAUCAAGAAGCAAGUUCAAGAGGCUGGGGCGAGCUGCGAGUUGAUGCACUACAUGGAGGGUUUUGCCCCGAAUGUCAUUUGCGAAUUCCCCAACAAUUCGUCGGAACAUGUCGUCCUGUCAGCCCACUACGACUCGAGGGGAUCAUUCGGCAUGACCAGAGCACCUGGAGCUGACGACGAUGCCUCGGGGUCAGGUCACCUUCUAGGCGUAGUGGAUGCCAUCAAACGAUACAAAAUCAAAUUUGACAAAAAGGUCAUUGUGGCCUUUUUCUCAGGUGAAGAACAGGGACUCUUCGGGUCUAGGGCAUAUGCUGGACAUCUGAAGGAUACGAAUCGCGAGGUCUUGCUCCACAUUCAGGCGGAUAUGCUGGGAUAUCAUGUACCCGGAGAGCCAAUGCAGCUGGCGUUGCCCGCUACUAUCCACUUACCAGAGGCGUCCUACUUUGUAGGCAACGUAUCUAAACUCUAUUCCCCCGAACUCGUGGUCGGGUCUACGCAGGCCUGCUGCUCCGACCAUCAAUCUUUCCUAUCUCUCGGUUUCCCAGCGACUCAAGUUUUCGAGCGAAAUGGUCCCAUUGCCGAUCCAAUGUACCACAAUAGUGGAGAUUUGUCUUUCAGAGAGGGUUACGAUUUUGAUCAGAUUGUUGCUAUUGCCAAAGUAACGAUGGCGUCUAUUAUGAUAGUUGCUGGCUGGAGCCAAGGUCAAUGA